AUGAGUUCGAUCGCUGCUUUUUCUGAAAUUCGCAAAUGUUUAGACAUUAUUUACAAAGAAGAGGAUGUAAAGUAAGUUUUUUUUGGUUUGUAUUAUUAAAGUUUAGGGAAAAUGUGAUCAAGAUGGAUGAAAUAAUUUCGGAAGUAAAUUUGUUCAACUCCACAAAGGUCCGCGAGUUGGUGAAGUUCCGUUUUCCGAAGUUGUUUGAGACCUAUGUUGUGAGAGAUUCAUCUUCGUUUGUCUCGGCUUUGUUGUGUUACUCAUUGUUCAAAGUAGUGGCAUUCGAGCACCAUUAUGGGUUUGGGACAGACUUGACGUUAUGGGAAGUCUUGGAUGAAGUACAUGUAAGUUUUGAGUGAGAAAAAGGAUUAUAAGACUAUAAACUUAUAAAACAUUAACAUAUAAUUUGUUUAGGAUUCCAAGAAAAACUUGGUGUAUCAGCUAGCGACAUGUUUAUUGCUGCGAGGAGAUGAAGAAGUCUUGAAUAAGCACAAGAAGGAAGCGUUAAAGCUACUUAAGAAUAGAAAGAGCUUUGAUGAAGAUUAUUUAAACUUGUUAAGUGACUUUAUAACAGCUUACAAAACUGCACUUCUGAGGUUUUUCGAUUCGGAAGUGUUGGAGCUGUAUGUAGAAUCAGAUGAAGCAAACACAGAAAAAAUGGAAGUUGAGAUCCCACAAAAAAAGACAUCAGAAGGAGAAGCCAGUUUUCACAUUCUCAUCGAAGCUUACGGUAAUGGCGGAGUCAAGUCGGUGAUCGCUGCUUCUACGUCUUUAUCCAACAAUAAGGUAAUCGUUUUUGAAUUAUGAUGUCUGAGACCUAAGUUGUACGAUUGUUGGCGUAUUGAUUUAUUUUGUUACUUCAUAUUUCAGCUGACCGAACUAAUAGCUGACCUAGUAUUGGAUGUUUUCUCUGAAAGUGACUUCCACAAGAUACUUGGUGUCAUCAGAUCGUGGGUAUUGUACAGGCCAGGAUUCAAGUUUUCGAUAACAGAGAAAUUGUGUGAUUUGAUGGAACGAGAAAACUACAGGACAGAAUCGAUGAAACUACUCACAGCGAUUGCACGAGUAAGUGAUGUUUCUUACUAAAGUAGUUGGUCAGUAGAAGUACAGUAAUACCUUAUUAUAGGAUAAGUCCUCAAAAGUGAUGAUCCACCCUUCUUUCCUCAACUUCUGUAUCCAAAUUACCCACUGUCCAGAACUGUUAACGAACACGGUGACAGAAGAGAAGUUAGAGUUCGCGUUGGCCAAGAGUAACUUCUUAACAACCUUAAUCACGCGAUUUGAUGGGUAUCUAAGUCAACAUGGAAUAAUUUCUGGCUACGUAUCAGAUCUCAUAUCGUUCUUGUACCUGGUUAAAAAGUCUGAGUUAGCAGGAGAAAACGCAGCUCUACUCGAACAUUCAUUAAAGUUCUUGAUACAAGCGAUUGGGGAAUCCAAGAAGAUGUUGUGGGUAUGUUAUAGACAACUUUACUGCUCAAUUAAACUAAUUUACUUUUUACAUAAUAAUUUACAGGAUCUUCCUUUUGUAAUGUCAAACAACCUGAAGGCACAAAGGAACCCGUUGUUACCCAUGUUGAUGGGUUUGAAGCACUCCAAUCAGGUACAGACUUCAUUGUUAUCGACUAACCUACCAGCUCAUGAUAAGCAGUUGUUCGCUUUGCUCAUGAAGCAUUACAAGCAGGUUAAGACUCGAGUUUGA